AUGCCGAUGCCCAACAUAAUGCCAGCAGCCGAUCCAAGCUACCUCAACGGCUUUGGUUUGUGGACUCCGUAUUACUCCAAAGGCAUCAAGGGUACUGCAGAUGAUGAGCCAGUCACUACUACUCCCAUAUAUGGCAUUCGCCAAUGGCACAAGAGCUUGUCCCACAUGCCCCGGGUACCUCCAGCACCGGCAGCUGGUGCGGAAGAGAGUGAGGCCGAGCCGAUGGCCGAAGAUGAGCCUGUAGUUGGGCUAAAGGCAUCUGAGGAGGAGGCCCCGACAAUUUUUCGUGGACCACAAAACCGCUCACUUACUGAAGAAAUAGCGAGCCUUCAGAGAGAGUUGGUUGGCCAAAGAAAGGAGGCUCGGGAAAAUGAAGAAUUGAUGGACAAACGCCUAGGCGCCUUAGAAGAAUUGAUGCGCCCAAGAGACCAAUUUUCUGUUGCCAGCCAUCUUUUUGCUGCGAUCACUUCGUUUAUUGAAUUAGACCCUCUGUUCAAGUCUCGCCUGCUAUACUUCGUAGGUGAAUGUUAUGCUGGGAAGUUGGUUCCAGCAAUUGGGUACCAUAUUUUGAAGGCGAAUGCUUACUUGCCGGUGUCAAAGUGGGUGAACUUGGCCGGCGUCGCUAUAGCGAACGGGUUGACGGAUCCGGUGAACCAGGUUUCUACUCACGCUACGAAUGCUUACUACUCUGGUUUGAUCAAUGAGAGGCAGAGAGAUGAGUUGGAGAAAUUGCAGAGGGUGGCAAUUAAUCUGACCAAAAUGGGCAAGUGGAGAGAGGCAACAAACGCAAGAAGCCACGUUCUGAGUAUGUUGAAAAGAAUGAUAGGGCUGGCGACAUUGCAUGAUUUUAGCAAGAAAGAUCACCCAUACGAAACGGAAAUGGUUUUUGAUUUUUUAAGGAAAGGAGACGUGAAGAAGGCUUUGGGAGUGAAGGAAACAUUGGUUCAAGACGUGUGCAGCGAUGAUGUCGCGACUGCUUUGCACGACGAUUUCAUGAAGAGUGUGAAGUUCAUGGUGGAAUUUUUGGUGAAGAGGAGCAAGGUUUUGUUGUAUGAAGGGCAUCUGGAUAUGAGGGAUAGUGUGGUUUCAACGGAGGCAUGGGUGAAGAAAUUCAUUAAGAAUGGAAAGCUAGUCCGGUUCAUAGGAGAACAAAGAAGUCAGCAGAAUGACAACCGAAGAGGCAAGCCCCAGGAGUACAAGCCUCGGGAGUACCCCUAG